UGGAUGGACUGGGGGAGGGGGCACACAAGGAGGGACCGGAGGAAGGAGAUUCUGCUGCCAAACGCCCUCCCCCGCCCAACUCCCCCAAAGACAAGCGCUGCGCCCGGGGCAAACUUCUAGGCCAAGAAAGCAAGAGGAAAAAAAAAAAAAAAGCCAGCACCCGCUGAACUGCAAAGCCAAAGAGUGCACCUGGGCCGCCGAGGCUCCCGGACCCAGCUGCACCCCAACCUCCCACAAGGCUCGAUCUUGGGUUACUGCCCCUCUCCGGCAGAACUCUGCCCUCCGCCUGCGCCUACUCCCGCGCUCUCUCAGUCUCUCCCACCGAAACCGACGCCUUACCGGAGCAGCAGGGGACCCGGGCACCUCGCUGCCCGCCGCCCGCACCGCGCCGGGCCGCGGUUGCCGCCGCCACUGAUCCUCUAAACGCGGUCUCCCGGCACUCUCCCCAGCCGGGGGAUGCAGAAUGGUUUACAGAGGGACCGCGAGCCGCUGAUUGGUCGCAGGCCGCCGUGACGUCGGCGGGCGCUGCAUUAAGGCGAGGGGGCUUCCAGAGCCCAGCCAACAGCCAGGAGCAGUGACCGAGCCACCGGAACUGGGGAGAGACGCGCCGGGACGGCGGACUGGGCCAGGAGACCAGGGACAGAGGGACGCUUGUCCGGGGACAGCCUGCAACGAACUGCGGCCCGGAAGGCGAGAGCGGCGGCCCGUGCCGAGCUGUUCCAGCCGCACAGAACUGUAGCCGCUGCACCAGGACGUUUUUUAAAAAGCUCUUCAAGCUACUCCCCCUCCCCCCGACUCCUCCCGCUGCAAAAGAAAAGAAAAAAAAAAAAGGAAGGAAGGAAAGAGGCUAGAAAGGAAACCCAGAUUUGCCAUCACAACGAAAAAAGAGGGGAAAAAGAAAAGAAAAGAAAGUCGAGAGACUGUGGGGUUGCACGCAGGCAGCUGGAGCGUGGGCCGAGCGAUGUGGGGCUGCGCGCCCAGGCGGCCGCGAGUUGCUACUGGAGCCACGAUGCACGGCCAGGCGCGGUGAGGAGCCAGACGGCACCCCCUCCCCGAAGGAGUCCAGGCGCAGGGAGGGCCGUCCCGAGGAGACGGAGGCCGCCAGGCAGGCCACGGGCCGAGGUGACGGGGCUGGGGCGGUGGGGAGCGGGCGCGCGCACCUGGCUGCGUCCGCCCGCAGUUGUCCCUCUCACUCUCGAUUGACACAAACACUUCUCCAGAAGGGGGGAAACCUAAGCAACAACAACAAUCAACAACGAGAUCUUCCUCCUUUCCUCCCUCCCUCCCUUCCCCCGCGGCCUGCCCCCACCCCCUCCCCCAGGCCCACCGCAGGCUCCCAGGGCGUCCCGACCCAUUGCGCGAGGCCGACAGUUUAGGAUCCAAAGCUUCCCUACUCGUUUGGUUCUUCUCUUUUAUAAAAAGAGGAGGGGAAAUUCCGGUGACGGGCAGCCCUGCAUACACACACACACCCGCCCUCAUACCCCGACAAAAGCAGAUGCACUUUGACUUCUGACAGCUCUACCUCAAACCCGAGAGAACUCAGCGGCGCUUUCCCUGCAAGCCGAGCUCGCCGCGUCGUCCUCUUCCUUCUCCGACUCCGUUUUAUUUAUUUAUUUCCGUUCCUGUCGCCGUUCUCGGUGACCUUCACUCCUUCGCGGGCUCUGGACAGAAGAGUCGCUUUCUCGCCCGCCUGAGACUCUUUCCUCGCCCCAGGAGCGGCGGCGGCGCUGCUGUGCCCCGGGGCCCCGGGGCUGUCGGGCUGCACACUCCACCGAGGCGCACCCCGCCCCCCAUCAGCCUCCUCCCUCUCUCUGAUUUUCCGGUGCGGGUUUCGGUUUGCACUGCCAAGUGUGUCUCCCCAUUUUGGAGGGGCUGGGGAGUUCCUGCCGGUCGUCUUGGUGAAUCAUCCCCUCGGCUCUACCUGCGCUUCUCUCUCCGGGCCUCACCCGACCAAACCAAAGACCAUGGUGCACUGUGCCGGCUGCAAAAGGCCCAUCCUGGACCGCUUCCUCUUGAACGUGCUGGACAGGGCCUGGCACGUCAAGUGCGUCCAGUGCUGUGAAUGUAAAUGCAACCUGACCGAGAAGUGCUUCUCCCGGGAAGGCAAGCUCUACUGCAAAAACGACUUCUUCCGGUGUUUCGGUACCAAAUGCGCAGGCUGCGCGCAGGGCAUCUCCCCUAGCGACCUGGUGCGGAGAGCCCGGAGCAAAGUGUUUCACCUGAACUGCUUCACCUGCAUGAUGUGUAACAAGCAGCUCUCCACCGGCGAGGAGCUCUACAUCAUCGAUGAGAACAAGUUCGUCUGCAAAGAGGAUUACCUAAGCAACAGCAGCGUCGCCAAAGAGAACAGCCUCCACUCGGCCACCACGGGCAGUGACCCCAGUUUGUCUCCGGACUCCCAAGACCCGUCGCAGGACGACGCCAAGGACUCGGAGAGCGCCAAUGUGUCGGACAAGGAAGGCGGCAGCAAUGAGAACGACGACCAGAACCUGGGGGCCAAGCGGAGAGGGCCGCGCACCACCAUCAAAGCCAAGCAGCUGGAGACGCUGAAGGCCGCCUUUGCCGCUACACCCAAGCCCACGCGCCACAUCCGCGAGCAGCUGGCUCAGGAGACUGGCCUCAACAUGCGUGUCAUCCAGGUCUGGUUCCAGAACCGACGGUCCAAGGAACGGAGGAUGAAGCAGCUAAGCGCGCUGGGCGCUCGGCGCCACGCCUUCUUCCGCAGUCCGCGCCGGAUGCGGCCGCUCGUGGACCGCCUGGAGCCGGGCGAGCUCAUCCCCAACGGGCCCUUCUCCUUCUAUGGAGAUUACCAGAGCGAGUACUACGCUCCCGGAGGCAACUACGACUUCUUCCCGCAAGGCCCCCCGUCCUCGCAGGCUCAGACGCCAGUAGACCUGCCCUUCGUGCCGUCGUCCGGGCCUUCCGGGACACCCCUGGGUGGCCUGGAGCACCCGCUGCCCGGCCACCACCCGUCGAGCGAGGCUCAGCGGUUCACCGACAUCCUGGCGCAUCCUCCCGGGGACUCGCCCAGCCCCGAGCCCAGCCUGCCCGGGCCUCUCCACUCAAUGUCGGCCGAGGUCUUCGGGCCCAGCCCACCCUUCUCGUCGCUGUCGGUCAACGGAGGGGCGAGCUACGGAAACCACCUGUCUCACCCCCCCGAAAUGAAUGAGGCAGCCGUGUGGUAGCGGAGACGCGCACGAUCCGCGGAGUUCGUGGUUGUACAGAAAUGAACCUUUAUUUAAGAAAAACAGAAAAAAAAAGAAAAAAAAACAUAAAAGCAAGUCAUUCCCCCCACUUCCUCCAGCUUGGGAGACCAUUUUCCGUCUGGGGAGACCGGAUGGGAAAGGGGGACACGAAAUAGAAUCCAAAUCCGCCUGGAGGUAAACUGGGAUCCGUGCGCUGGCUGGCAAGGUGCAGAACUGGGGCUCCCGCAGGGAAACGCAGACCUCUCCCCACCUCCCACCUGGACCCGGAUCCUUGGACAGACACCGCCGGCGUGAGCGAGAACCCGGCGGGCUGCAUAAAAACACCCACGGCAACCGCGGGGGGCGGCCAGUCGGUGGUGACGCCAGGAGCCGCGGGGAGGGAGGCUGCGCCCGCAGCCGGUUGAGGGCGGUGAAGCGGCCGGGGCGCUCCCGGGCCAGCCAGGAGGGUUCUGGCUCUGGGAAAUUUAUUAGUGUUGUCUCAGAGUUCAGCAACAGCGACAGCAAACUUAUAGCUUCAGAAACGCCGACCUGCUGUGCAUCAGGUGGGACUAUAUAUAUAUAUAUUUUUUGUCUCUCUGGGUUUUUUGGUUUUUUUGUUUUUGCCAAAAUUGCAAAAUUCUAAAUGUAAAGCCCUCAGUAUCAACUCUUCUACCUUCACAAAGCUCUACACACACACACACACACACACACACACACUCAAUAGGAUGGUCUCCAGCCAGACCUCUUAGUAAAAUGACUUGAACAUCAGCUGUACAAGAAAAGUAUUCUACCUUCACACACACAAAAUUAAAAAAAAAAACUAUUGAACUAAAAACAGUCAACUGUUUACGUAUAACGUUAAAUUCAGGAGUUCAGUGUUUUACUAAUAUAUCCUGUUUUGAAACCUCUUGUUCAAAACAAAGUGUUUUGAGCAAUCAACCAAAAUUGUUCAUUUUCUUUUCCUGUAGAUGUUCUGACAGAUUUACAGGGCUCACAGCUCACUGUGCUAGUAUGUAAAAAGAUGUUGUUUACACAAGGCAAAGAGAAAACAUGAUAUUCAGACACUUGCCAAAUAGAGUAAUUAUAGCACAAAUACUGUAAAGGUGCCUGGCACCACAACCUGAAAAAGUGUUAAAAAAAAAAAAAAGUGUUACAAGGUUUAAAAAAAAAAACUUUGCUAAUUUUUAGUCCUGUUGAACAUUCAUGGAAUUGUUAAUAUGACUUAUAUAGACCCACACAGGUUUUAUUUUUGUGUCUUUAAAAUAAAAGUCCAAAAUAUUUAAAUUUUAUGGUCAAAUAUGCAGUCAACAGCUGCUACUUUUUUCUUUAUAUAUUAAAUUUCUCAUAUGUCUUUUAUUGUUCUGAUAAACCUAAGCUUGUGUGACCUCCAGUGCAUAUUAGACCAUUCACUGUAUGAAAGAAAACAUGUUGAA